CGCGCGCGUUCAGCGGCCUCUUUGUGUGGUGCCCAGAUAGGGGAGCGGAGGUGGCGGUGGCGGUAGCGGCGGCUUUGGUUGUCUUGCAGUCUCCUCGGCUCGCCCUCUAGCCGGCACCUCUCCCCUUCCCUCCCCCUUCCUCUUUUCCUCCUUCCCUCCCCUUCCCUUCCUCCCUUCCCCGUCGGUGACCGGCGGUGGCGGCUCCAGCAACGGCUGGGCCCAAGCUGUGAAGAGGCCUUAGCCAACGAUAACGGCGACGGCGAAACCUCGGAGCUCGCAGGGCGGGGGGAAGGCCCGGGCCGUGGAGAUGGAGAAUUCCCAGUUGUGUAAGCUGUUCAUCGGCGGCCUCAAUGUGCAGACGAGUGAGUCGGGCCUGCGCGGCCACUUUGAGGCCUUUGGGACUCUGACGGACUGCGUGGUGGUGGUGAACCCCCAGACCAAACGCUCCCGUUGUUUUGGCUUCGUGACCUACUCCAAUGUGGAGGAGGCCGAUGCCGCCAUGGCCGCUUCGCCCCACGCCGUGGACGGCAACACGGUGGAGCUGAAGCGGGCGGUGUCCCGGGAGGAUUCGGCGCGGCCCGGUGCCCACGCCAAGGUUAAGAAGCUCUUUGUCGGGGGCCUUAAGGGAGACGUGGCCGAGGGCGACCUGAUCGAGCAUUUCUCGCAGUUCGGCACAGUGGAAAAGGCCGAGAUUAUUGCCGACAAGCAGUCGGGCAAGAAGCGUGGCUUCGGCUUCGUGUAUUUUCAGAAUCACGACGCGGCCGACAAGGCCGCGGUUGUCAAGUUCCAUCCGAUCCAGGGCCAUCGCGUGGAAGUGAAGAAGGCCGUCCCCAAGGAGGAUAUCCACUCCGGCGGGGGCGGAGGCGGUUCCCGGUCGUCCCGAGGCGGCCGAGGCGGCCGGGGUCGCGGCGGCGGUCGAGACCAGAACGGCCUUUCGAAGGGCGGCGGCGGCGGUUAUAACAGCUACGGUGGUUACGGCGGCGGCGGCGGCGGCGGCGGCGGCUACAAUGCCUACGGAGGCGGCGGCGGCGGCGGUUCGUCCUACGGUGGAAGCGACUACGGUAACGGCUUCGGCGGCUUCGGCAGCUACAGCCAGCACCAGUCCUCGUAUGGGCCCAUGAAGGGCGGCGGCGGCGGCGGUGGCGGUGGCAGCAGCUGGGGCGGUCGUAGUAACAGUGGACCUUACAGAGGCGGCUAUGGCGGUGGAGGUGGUUAUGGAGGCAGCUCCUUCUAAGAAAAAAUCUAAAAAUGCCUGGGAGUGGCUACAGGGGUAGCUCUUUUCAACAACCCAGCUAGGGUCAACUCCUGAGUUCCUUCCUCUCCCACCGCCUUCCCCGUUUUUCCCUUGGGGGAGCCGCUUCUAAGGCUGCUUAUCCUUGGGGGUGUUGCCCUAUUUGCCUGCCACCUCUCUUGUCUCUCCCUCUGAAGAUGGACUCGGCCCCACAUACACAUUUUUGUGUUACAGUCAUUGAUGGACUCUAUUUUUUUAUUAUUACUUGGACCUUGGUCGUUUUUAUACUAGCAAAAUGUCUUGUUUUAAUUUGUGUUUUUUGGGGGGGAGGGAGUGAACUUGCUGAUUCUGUAGCAAAACCUGGGCGGGGGUUGGGGUGGGGGGUAGUUUACUUUGUUGUAAGGACUUGAUAUCUGGCUACAGCGUUUUCUAUGAAAUCUACUUGGAUUCCAUGCCUGAAAUUUGAAAGCAUAUGUACAAAAAUCAUUUUUACGUUUUAUUUUUAAUAAAUCAUUGUGUUUGACCGUAUAUGUCUAACAUUUUUUUUCUAGGAUCCAUUCCGUACCGUUUUAAGGGAUAUUAGUUAAAAAUUUUUCGUGUUAAUUCUUAAUUCUUGAUGUGUACUUAGAGAAACUUUUAAAAGGUCCUUUGGUGGGUUUUUUUUUUUUUCUGUUGCCCUUCUAGUGACGUGUUGAAUUUUAUCCCUUACAGGCAAAACUUUUGAAGUGGUGGAUGUAGCUUUUUAAAAUCUUUAAAGUUUCUGUGCAUCCAUCUCUUGUACUAAGCGAUUUGCUUAUCAUCUUGACAUGGUUGGUCACUUCUUUCUAUGAGAAUUUACUUCAAAGUAUGUACUGUGUAGUCCGAAAAGAUAGUUUGUGUUAAGCAUGUGUUUUCAUUCAUAUAAACUGUUUAAAAAUUUUCAGAUGGCCUAGUUUCAUCCCUCUUACUGGUUUGUCUGUAAUGAAUGGUUACUAAUAAGGGUUAUAUUUUACUCUUAAACUAAAUGCAUUUUUGUAUUUUCAGAGCAGGUUUAAACGUUUUUUCCUAUAGCUGAACUGUUGUCCUCUUGGAAUUCCUUCCCCCAACCUUUGUAGCACCAUCUACUGGCAGAAUGGCAGUAUAUCUGCAAAGCAAUUUGUUUAAAAAACUUGUUUAGGAUAAUUGCAUCAGAUUUAGAAGUUUUGCCAUCAAAAACCUGUGCAGACUUUGGUUACACAUUUACUUGUAACUAAGAUGGGCUUUACGGGAAUGUAGUUAACAGUCCCUAUCACAAUUGCCCUUUCUAGAGGAGAUUUGAAAAUGUAAACUGCUAUGCAUAGCUUGGGCAAUGGCCCCAAAUUGCUAUGACAGCUAAUGAACCAGCUACGUGUACUGGUAUCUUAGGUGCAAGUUGUAAAGCAAAAUAUUUGUGUAUUCUGCUUGGUUAACAAAUGUAUAUUUGUAGCCCUUUCAUGCAGUAGAAUUCAAGUUGUUGUUUAUAAAAAAACAAAACAAAACAAUGAUAUAGGAGAAAAUUGCCUUCCUGGAUAGAAAUAUAGAAUAGCAACGUUUAUGGAUAUCACAAAUAAAGAAUUCAAUUCUUUACAUGAUUGAGUGAGAGUAUGUAUAACCUGGUGGGUGGGUUCAGAGUACCUAUAAAAUAGUACACUUGAUUUAAUGUUACGGUAAAAUUUUUAACUUGAAUAUUGCAUUUAAAAGCCCAUAUGUAUAGUAAGAAGCUUUCUGAAGGGGAGGUUAAUGGGCUUUAUAAAGUAAAAGACUAAUUUAGCAUUGACUCUCUUAGUUCUUAUUACUGUAUAUUUCUUAAUAUCUAAUUCUUGCCAAAUUUUUUUAUCUUAAUUGCUAGGGGUUUUCAUUUCGAGAGAUAAGAAAAAAGGUCAAGAUUUUGAGGCAAGAUUAUGGCUGCUCAGUAGUCACUUUGACAAAAAAUAGCUGAUGUUUGGUACAGAUAACUUGAGUAUACCUUUAUGACAAAUGGGUUAGAUGCUUUUGCACGAGUAAAUAUAGUCAGAUCUUUUGCUCUAAAAUGGUUCUGCAGUUUCCUUAAAUUUAUUUUUCAUUUUUAGUGAAACAUAAUACUACAUGUGGGCUUCUUCAUUUGGUAGUUUAGUCCGUUUUUUGAGUGCCUCUAAGAUACAGCUUAAAGUUUUCAUUAUAAUUAUUACUCCGCUUGCCUUUUACUCAGCUUUAGCGGGAAGAUCCAAUUCUGGGUCAGUUGGACUAGUCCCCUUUUUGGAGGGUUUCCAAAGUCUGAUAAGGUUAUUGUUCUUUUGUAUUCCCAACAUAGUGACUUCUAACAAGUAAAAUGAAUGAUGUAAAAGGAUUACCUGUUAAUUAGAAAAGCAACUCAAGGUGCUGUUCAUGGUAUUAACACUUCAUUGUUGUGUAUUUACCUUUAUAGAUUUCUGUAAUCUGGACUGCUAUUUAGUGAAGGCAAAAGCAUAGUGGUAUUCAGUCUUUCUGGAAUUCUUCUUGUCAAUUUUUAUAGAAGCAUUUUUGACAUAGCAAGUAUUUUUUCUUUUGGGGGGCCACCAGGUGUAUUUUUUAAGUCCUUUCACCUAUGAGAACUAUCUGAACCUUAUUACUUAAAAUUUAAGAAUUCAUGAGAGGAGGUGGUACAGAAUCUAGUCAGAACUGAAUACAAUUUUUGUGCCAUGCUCGAAUCUAAUUUUAAAGAUUAUAAAAAUAAAAAUGAACCUAUUUUUUGUCUCCCUCUUGUGAAGAACUUUUACAUUUACAGGAUUUUUAGUAUAAAUUCAGUGGUAAUUAUUAGGUGAACAUGCUUUGAAAGAUUUAUGUAUUAAAGAUUGAUGGUAGUUUUAAAUCUUAAGCUCGCAAAUGCUUAAUGUUUAUAGGGAUAACUACAGAAUGAUACGCUGAUUGUUUCUUCCUAUAAUUUAGUGAUUUUCAACAUAAUUUCUUACUUAAAUCUGCUUCACGAUAAAUUUUUGCAUUUAAGCAAGGUUAAAGGGUUUGAGGAUACUUGAAAAUUUGGUGUUUAUGAUUAUUCCCCUCAAGACCAGAAGUGACAGCAUCUUAAUUGGUAGGCUUUCUUUACUUUUAAGUGCUUGCUUUUAUCAAAUUUGAGAAUUGGUGUUUUAUGUUAAAUUUUGUAUGCCGGUAUCUUUGCUGACUGAAAGUGGACUUUUGGAUGUUGGAUUGAUUUGAGCAAAACUGCAACUAGACAGUAUAUGGAUUUUACCUAGAAAGAUAACAUUUGAUAAGUCUCUCCUAUUUUAACCACCACGAGUGUAAGAUUUUGAUUAUUGGGAAAAAUUUCUUCUAUUCUGUUUCAGAAGGCCCUAUUUUGUUUCCAUCUAAAACAGGGCAACAGAAAUUGCCUCCAGACCAGAGUAGGACAGUGCUUUAUUCUUAAUGUCUCUUUGCAGGUUACUUUGAUGUGCCUUUGUUUCAUGCUUUCUAUUAAAAGUGAAAAUACAUUGUAAGAUUUUUUUCAAUAAAGAAUCCCUUGAAAGAA